UACUGUCACUUUGACAUACAUUCAGAGAGGAGCUAUGUCCAAUGUAAGAGUGGCUGUGGUGACCGGAUCCAACAAAGGGAUUGGAUUCUCAAUUGUGCGGGCUCUGUGCCAGCAGUUUCCAGGGCAUGUAUACCUAACAGCCCGAGACCCUGGCCGUGGCCAGGAAGCAGUGAAAAAGCUCGAGGAGGAAGGGCUGCAUCCGUUCUUCCAUCAGCUGGAUAUCGAUGAUCUGCAGAGCAUCAGAGCUCUCCGUGUCUUCCUAAAGGAGAAAUACGGAGGGCUGGAUGUGCUGAUUAACAAUGCAGGGAUCGCCUUCAAAGUGAAUGACACAACUCCAUUUGCGGUCCAAGCUGAGGUUACACUGAAGACAAACUUCUUUGGAACCAGGAAUAUUUGCACAGAAUUGUUGCCUCUUGUGAAGCCUUAUGGUAGAGUGGUGAAUGUCUCUAGCAUGGUAAGUCAGUCAGCUCUGGGAAAGUGCAGCGGAGAACUACAGCAGAAGUUUCGCAGUGAUACCAUCACUGAGGAUGAGUUAGUGGAACUCAUGACUACAUUUGUGGAAGAUGCCAAAAAAAGUGUGCAUGAGAAAAAGGGUUGGCCAAAUACUGCCUAUGGGGUAUCCAAAAUUGGUGUCACAGUCUUGUCCAGGAUUCAAGCCCGGAUGUUAAAUGAGAAAAGAAAAGGUGACCACAUCCUUCUCAAUGCCUGCUGUCCUGGAUGGGUUAGAACAGACAUGGCAGGUCCUAAAGCCCCUAAAUCACCAGAUGAAGGGGCUGUGACCCCAGUUUACUUAGCCCUUUUGCCUUCAAAUGCUGAUGGUCCUCAUGGCCAGUUUGUUAGUGAAAAAACUGUUCAAACCUGGUAAGCUUGUGUAUGUGGAUCCAUGAAGUGGUAAUAUGACUGUGGAUUCACCUGUUCCUUGGUAGGGCAUUUAGCCAGAGUACCC